AUGAUCUGGGGUCUUUUGUAUUAUUUGACGAUGUACACGGUGUAUGGAUUGGUCAUAGAGUCAAAUUUGGCUGCGAAAAGUACAUUGGUAGAUAUCAGGGAUCAAAAAAUAUCAAUAGAAUCAACUUUAAAGGAAUUAAUGUUUGUACAGAAGGGAAAUGAAAUUGAAGAAGUAAAUCACUCUACCAAGCUCUUAAUCUUGUCUAGAAGCUUGCUUGAACCGCAAGCCUUUUCCCAGUUAGGUUUACCUAUCGAUGAGAAUCCAAUGACUUUAAAUGUGGACUACAAUGGGGAUAGCCUUAAUGCUUCAAUUCCUGUGAAUACUAAGGUAAUGGUUAUAUUCAACAUGACUACAGUCAAUAGUGGUGUACCACUGAGUGAAAACCCACCGUUCACAUUACCGCAAUCAAUAUACUUUCUGGAUUAUUUCUUGAUGGUCCCAUUUUUGCUGAAUGCCACACAAAUUGAUGCUUCCUAUUUUAAACACCCAGUGUUAUCAAAGGGAAUCUUAGAAGUGCAUAAAAAGAAUAUACCUCUCAUCCACAAGAGUUUCAAUAGUGACAAUCCGAUAUUAGUUUUUGUUUUCACUAGUAGAAAACUGGAGAAAUCAGUGCCUAUUAUUAGUAGUGGGAAGUUUUUGGGCCGACAGAAUUCCAAAUUCUUUGAUUCCUUUGUACAUCAUUGGCUACAGGCAACUGGUAGCUUAGAUGAAGUGAAACAUUCCCAGUUUUGUAACAUCAAUGGAGAGUUUUCCAAAACUGAUCAUUGUAUUCAGAUUGACGAAGAGACCAACUCAUUGAAGUUUAGUUACCCAUAUAGGGAUACAUCUCCAUAUCGAUUAGAAAGGCGAGAUUUGAAUGAUGAACUACAAAACUUAGCGGAGAAUAUUUUCGAUAAGGCCAAUGAUUUCAAAGAUCUUCUUAAGGAAACUCUGGAGAAUGUGAGAUCAAAGGCAUCUUCUAGACCACGAAUCAGAACUUCCUUGUUGAAUGGAGGUAUUUUGCGAGGUAAGGAAACGGAAGAAGAAGAACCCGAAGAAGAAGGAAUCGGCUUGGAACGUUAUGAUCCAUAUGAUACCUCAUCGAUUGAAUCGUAUAGAGGAAUUUCGAAUUUAAAGAAAAGACAAGGUGGUACUUCUGCUCCAACAUACAACUUGCAUCCUACAUUACCGAGAUCUAAAAAAUAUGCCCAGGUUAUAUUCCCACAGGCUCUCCAAUCCAGCAACGUCAUCUACACAGAACCAAGUUGGCUACAAGUUUUCGGCUACCAAUGA